CGUCAUCACCUUGCGGCCACAACACAGAGAGGCGCAGACUGGGCGACUGAAAUGAAUCCAUUAACAAAAGUGAAGCUGAUUAAUGAACUGAAUGAUCGGGAGGCUCGGCUCGGUGUGAAGGAUUCCGUGUCAUGGCAUCAAGACUACAGAGACAGCGCCUGGAUAUUCAUGGGAGGGCUGCCUUAUGAGUUGACUGAAGGGGACAUUAUUUGUGUCUUUUCACAAUAUGGUGAAGUGGUGAAUAUUAACUUGGUGCGUGACAAGCAGUCUGGGCGCUCUCGCGGAUUCUGCUUUCUGUGUUAUGAGGAUCAGAGAAGUACAGUGCUGGCUGUAGAUAAUCUGAACGGUAUCAAGAUGAGAGGACGCACCAUUCGUGUUGACCAUGUGUCCAAUUACCGCCCCCCUAAAGAUGCCGAAGAUAUUGAUGAAGUGACCAAAACACUCCGAGAAAAAGGCUGCGGUAUUGAAACUCCCUCUUUAUCUUCAGAAGAAGAGCCAGAGGAACCACAAAAGAUUAAGAAACAUAAAAAGAAAAAACGAAAAAAGGACGUCCGCGACCGUUCCAGCGAAAGAAUCGCAGAGACGAUUAAGCAGGAGCGCAUGGACCCGGGGUACGAAAAAUACAACACCAACCCAACCUCAUCCAGGCAAGACCGGGAUCAAAGGAGGGCUCCGGAAAAAGAGAGCGCUUCGGGGAGCACGGCCAAACCAGCAGCCUACGAAAAUAUAAAUCCGAAGAAAAGCGGCACGCGGCGGAGAGCAAACGUCGGGAUUAUGAGGAGAGACGCUCAAAGGAACCCAAGAGGAAAAGAU